AUGCGGCAAAAAACGACUAAAAAAUCAAAAUUUUCCAUAAAAUCAUCAAAAGACAGCUACACAAAGCGCAGAUCCUGAACUUCUCAAGAAGAUGAAGCUAUCCGCAGGCUAGUCAAAGAAAAUGGUAUAAAGCAAUGAACAGUGAUAUCUGAAAAACUCAGCGAGCAAUUCAAUACCCAAAGAACAGGAAAACAAUGCAGAGAAAGGUGGCAUAAUCACCUUAAUCCUGGGAUUAACAAAGACAAUUGGAGCUUAGAAGAAGAGCUUUGUCUUUUUGAAAGCCAUGAAAAACUUGGAAACAAAUGGGCUUAAACUUAAAUUAAUGGUCUUGGCUUGCUCGCCUAUUUGCAGCACAGUCACCAAGGAUCCCCUAGGAAAUUACCCUCGUUGUAACGUCGACAAGGAGAAUGUUUUUGAGUUGGGAUGAAUAACCUGGCGAGAAUAUGGUAGAUCAUCACCUUUCCUCUUCUUCAUCUCCUGACACCAUGGCAUCUGCGAAGUAAGGUUCUAUGUCUUCAUCUCUUAUUUGCCUUAUCGUAUCCAGUGCUGAAUGAGAAGGCUAUGGAUUUCUGCAGAUUUCUACUUGGGUGCAUGAAGGUUAUCAGCAGAAAAUCCCCAAAAAACAAAUUUAUGGUAGACUAUCAGCAAAAAGGAAAAAUUCAAAGCCCGAUGCAUAACUCUCGAUUUCACACUCUGGAGUUGCCCGAAUGUCUAGAAAUUGCCUGUAGCCGCUGCUGAGCUUCUUCUUUCCAACUCUGAGCCCUCUUUCCCCUCUAGGUAAAACCCAAUCCUGAAAGCGGACUAGGGCUAGGCUCUCUACAUUGUCAGAAUUACUUACCCUAGCAUUUCUGUCCAUUUCUGGGUUGGCAAAACCUUGCCAAUAUAAAUAAAACGUGCUCAAGGCUGCAUUACCGGAGGUAAUGUCGGGCGGAGAGCCAUUUUAUAUAUCCAUAACAAAUGGGCAGAAAUUUCAAAAAUCCUGCAAGGGAGGACUGAUAAUUCCAUAAAAAAUCAUUUUUAUUCUACUCUGCGAAAAAGAUUUCGCAAAAUAAAAGGAUAUGAUGGAACACGAGAUGAUAUAAUCAUUUUAAUAAAUUUCACCAAAAAAACAAUGCAUAAUUGCUUCAUUUAUUCGAUAAUUUGGCUUAAAUCUACAAUAACCAUAUAUUUAUUUUAUGAAAUUUAGCAUAUAAAACAGCACAACAAAUUUUUAUCAGCAAAAAUAUUAGGGUCUCUUAAAAAAAUGACUGAAAAAAUACAAGACAAUGAAGUCUCCACAAAUUUAGAUGAAAACAGCAUAAAACGUGAAGAAAAAAUCCAAAAUUCUGACAGCUUUGCAGACUUUAUGCCGCUUGUAGAUAAUGAACUUAUCAUUACUGGACAUCAUAUUUCAAAUCCAUAUAUUUUAAAUAUGAACAGCUAUCACGAAGAAGCUCCAGCUGAGUUUUUAUGGACAGAAGAUCCAUUUCUAUGUGAUGAAGUCUAUAUGAUUUCUUUGAAAUAG